UAAAUCAAAGAAUGAUGGCUUAGGAAGCAGAACAAUGACCAAAAAAAUAAUAUAUUUGUUGCCCGACCUCUUAAAAAGUUGUGUAUUACAAAAACGCAGACUGGCAAAUACAAGUCCAAAAAGAAUAGGUAGGUUUAUCAUAACAUUAUGGCGCCCUAAUCACUACCAAUUGCCUUUGAAAAUGGAAUUAAUGGUAUCUACAUGUUUGGCUUGGUUGAGCCGACAAGAGGCAUAACAUAAGAGCCCAAAGAAAAUAAAUAAAAAGUAGACGAGAGUAAAGAUGUAGCAGAAGAAGAAUAAGGAUAUGGAGAAGCUGCCAAGCACGGUGUUUAAUGAAGAGAUACUUGGCAGGUUGGAUUUGCAGACAUUAUCCACCCUUGCUUGUCUCAAUAGAUCCUUUCGCUUAUUAGUUUACUCUCAAGCUCUUCCUUCUUUGACUGCUUUCCAUUUCACUACCAUGUCUCCAGAUGGGGAAACUCUGAAAAGGCUAAACUCUCUUACUCUUAACUGCCUCCGUCUCCAAGACCACCCACUCUCUGCUUUUCUUUCUCCAACUUUCCAAGAAUUGAAUUUGUGGUGCUGCUCCUCAUUGUCUUACCGGUUUCUUGCUUACAUUGCCCGGCACUGUUCUAAUCUUAGCAUCUUAUUUAUUACCCCUCCUAACUUCAUGGAGCUUCAAUCUAUUUAUUUUUUUGUUUACUUGAAGCAUUAUGCUGCAAUGAACAAAUUUAUUAACUCUGUUGUCAGGGUGCUUAUGCUAGAAUUGGCAGACAAGAACUUACCUGAUAUAUUCAGAGGGAACCUUGCCUUGAUGCUUAAGCAGUGCUUGUACUUGGAAUCUCUGUCAUUGAAAAUUCGAGGGCCUGCAGUUGAUGCAAGUUCUUUUGGGUCCAUAGAACUUUUGCUUCCCGGUACUGUCAAAACUCUAAAGUUGCAGCCAGUGCCUGAGGAAGAUGCAAUCCGAAUCAUAAGGACAGUUGGUAGAAACCUUAUGGAAACAGAAAUUCUAAGCAUCCCUGCCUUUCCUUUUUGCAAACUGCGGGGCUUGUCAUUCGUUUUAGAUGUAACAACUGAUCAAUUACUUAUAACUAUCACCAAGUCUGUUCCAUUUCUGGUAGAGUUGGAUCUUGAAGACAGACCAAAGAAGGAACCAGUGCCAAACCAUCACUUGACCAACAAUGGGCUUCAACACCUAGGUUUUUGUCAAUAUUUGACUGCCUUGUCUCUUGUACAAAGUAGACUUAAGCACCAAGGAGCGUUCAAAAGAGUAAAUGAUAUGGGCAUGUUUCUUCUAUCUGAGGGUUGCAAAUGCCUGGAAGCAGUAACACUGUGUGGAUUCUCUAAUGUUAGUGAUGCUGGCUUUGCAGCAAUUUUACAUGUCUGCCAAAAAUUAAAUAAAUUUGAAGUCCGAAAUGCCUUGUUUCUGUCUGAUGUAGCCUUUCAUGAUCUCAUGGACAUUCCAUGAGCCCUUGUUGAGGUAAGACUGUUGUCAUGCCCACGAAUAACUAGUGAAACUGUUAAGAAAGUAGCCUCUUCUAAGAGCAUGGAGGUUCUUGACCUGGGUGGUUGCAAGAGCAUAGCUGAUUCAUGCCUCUGCUCUAUUUCAUGUCUCGGUAAAUUAACAGAACUGAAUCUCACAGGAGCUGAUAUUACUGAUUCUGGUUUAUCUGUUCUUAGUCAAGGGAGUAUACCCAUAAGAAAUUUGUGCCUUAGAGGAUGUAAAAGGGUAACUGACAAAGGAAUUUCUAGUUUGCUGUGUGGAGGGGCAAUUGGCCAGACUUUGACAGCCCUGGAUUUAGGUUACAUGGCAGGUGUAACAGAUAAAACUAUUUUGACAGUAGCUGCUGCUUGUGUAGGAAUAAUUGAUUUGUGUAUUAGAUCUUGCUUCUAUGUGACUGAUUCUUCAAUGGAAGUAUUGGCUAGAAAGAGAACAUUUCAAGAUGGGAGUGAACGACUAAGGAGGCUUGAUGUGUGCAAUUGCAUUUGUUUGUCUGCUGAUUCAUUGAGAUGGUUUAAGAGGCUUUCACUUCGAGGAUUACAGUGGCUUGGUAUUGGGAAAACUCGUCUGGCUAGCCAGGAAAAUGUUAGCAAAAUAUACGAGGAGAGACCGUGGCUGACUUUGCGCUUGGAUGGCUGUGAAAUGGGAUGUCAAGAUGGAUGGCAUUUCCAUAGUCCUUUAAAAUCAUUCAUCUUGAUUCUCGACAAGCUUGCUUCCUUCACAUUUGUGUUAAACAGGUUCAGAAGUCUCCCUUAGAAGCCUCCAAAGAGCUGGAGACUUGUUUCGAGUUCAAAAGUUCGAGACACAUUUCAGUGACUAACCAACAAUGCGAAUGUAUCCAUUAGGUCAUUUCCGAUUGUCACUUGUUGCUUUAAAAUAAAUAAUGUUCGCCGAAACACUGUGUCACUUGUUGCUUUAAAAUCAUUAAUGUUCGCAUAAACACUCAUAUCGAGUGUGAAAAUGCACAGCAUUGUUCAUAUACUUGCGGUGACUGAACAGUCUGAACCAAGGCUAGACCGCAGGAUCAUUUGGUGACAAUCACCCUAAUAACAGACCAAAGUUGAUUAGCAAGUA